AUGCCGUAUUACCUUAAGCGGGAAGACAGUGACCUUUCUAUCAUGGCGGACGUGAAAUUACCUCCACUACCUUCAUCUCCGUCGAAGACAUUUUCUCGGAAGCACACAGUAUUGUCCACAACCUCAGUGAAGAAAAAAGACGACGAAAAAGACGAGCCAGAAUCGACUAGUCCUCGCCUGGAAUCUCGGAAUCUUUCUCGGGCGUCUUUUAAGGCUCUGCAAAGGAAGAGGAAGACAAAAUUCACACUUGAAAAUGCCACUACAUUUGAUCCGAGCGAACCGUACGAUUUCGAUGAAGAUGAGGAAGACGCUCCAAAAGCGGAACGCUAUGCAACUCAGAUCGAACAAUGUCGUGCAUUAUAUCGGAAGUCAUGUAAACGAAAGGGUUUAAUUCCAAUCAAAAAGGUCUUACAGCAGAUUGGUCAGACAGUGUUCUCAAUAGACGACCUCCAGUUGUCCGCACGUGAACUUAAAGUCAUUUUCGUCAGUAUUGCAAAUAACCUUGAUGUCUUGGAACUCGAUCUGUCUGGAAACAAACUCGGGGUGAAGGAAAUCAGCUACUUGUGCCAAAUACUGAAAUCUAAUAAACAACUGAGUGUGGUAAUAAUGAGAAAAUGUAACCUUCAUGGUCCAGCCAUGAAGAACUUAGCGGACUUCUUGUCAACAUCAAAUACUUUACGGAAACUGGACCUGGGUGAUAAUGACUUGGAUGAUAACGACGCCCCACACGUUGCAAAAAUAAUCGAGAAAAACGAAAGUAUCGGUCAAUUAAUCCUGUCACAGAACAAGCUUGGAGAGAGUGCUAUUAUGAUCGGUCACGCCAUCAAAGAAAACGAGAUAAUGGUUAGCCUUGACCUUAGCUGGAACCAUAUACGGGGUUACGGUGCUGUAGGGAUCGCCCAGGGCUUAGAGAAAAACGUGAAAUUGACAACAGUGAAUCUAGCAUGGAAUGGUUUUGGGUUUGAAGGUUGUGUUGCCCUGUCUCGUGUAUUAGAAAAUAACUCCACUUUGAUGAGCCUCGAUCUGGCCAAUAAUCGUGUGCAUCCACCUGCUUUGUUUGAACUUAUAAAGGGUUUGGAGAAAAACAAGACACUAGCAUCCUUAAGAUUAGCGCACAACCCUAUUACUGCUCCGAUGACCUCCAUUUUACUGAAUCGAAUACUACAUGCCAAGGAAAACACAAUGAAAGAACUGGAUAUCGAGGGAGUUGUUGUAGACAAGGAUUUCCAGCCCAUACUUGAUGAACUACAAAAAAACAGGAUGUUUAUAGUGCGAUACGAUAUGGCACUACCUCUAAACAAAGCCAAGGUUUUCAAGGCCGAUCCUAAAAACAUAUUUAACAUAGAUCCCAUCAGGAUACUCUUCUUCAUGAAGGAACAUCUACGUACCAUCGACCUGUUCCUGAAGAUAGACAAGGACUCUGACAACUCCCUCACGCGAGAGGAAAUGCAGUUUGCUUUCGAGUUGGAAGGUUACCCGAUCAGCAGUGCUGCUUUAGACUCCGUCAUGAGUUACCUUGACACCAACAAAGACGGCUCUGUAGAUCUGCUGAUUGAUAGGUUAGAAACCGGGGUGAAAAGGAUGGAACGACGGUAUCCAGGUACCUACAGAGAAUUCAUUGAAGGGGAACGGAAACUUAAACGAAAGAUCAUCAAGGAAAGAGAGGAAAAUCGAGCUGAAGCGCUUCGCACCCCUAACGCUAAAAUCCAAGGGGACAAAAAACAGUUUUCACAAGCAUUUGGAGCCCCUAAAGACGUAAGAAGCCCCAUUUCCAAAAAGGCAGGGUGA